AUGGAUGACCUCUCUUCUCUGGAUUGGUCCACCAAGCCAGAAGGCGCAACGAAAACACAACCAUACGGAGUACCCUCAUCUGCCUUUGCCGCCUUACGCCCUACUCCCCCUGCCUCUAGGCGAUCGUCCCCAUUAGCUACAGCUCCGGCGCAUCCCUCGUCCAAGACGCAGACUUCUGUGAACGAUAGCUUUUCCAAUCUCGUGUCUUUCAGCUCCACCUCGACGAACAAGACCCCAUCCCUACAAGAACAGCACAAGAAACUGCUUGAGCAAAAGGCGCAGCAGCAGGCAGCAGAGCAGAGAAAACUUGAAUCGCAUUACAGUGGAGGCAAUGAACAGUUCUGGGACAAUUUGGGCAGCGGUCGAAGCACACCAGCUCUUCCUGCGCCCUCCUCUAUCGCAUUGGGUGCGCAACUCCCGGCUUUCACGGAAGGGUCGAAUCGCAACGGAACUGCAAACGACGAGCUUCCAAGAGCAACUACAGAGGACGAAGACGACAUCCUAGCAGCUUUCAGAGCUGAUGCACCGGUAGACUCUUCAAGCCACUUUCCCAAACCAUUCGAACAUUCACAUGUUCCAAGCGAUGGCGGACCACGGAGCAGCUCCACUGUGUCAACAUCAGGUGGUAAAAGACGAGGCCAAGAUGCCCAAAAUUUUGAUAUUCUCGAGGACGAUGAUCCAUUUGGAUUAGCUGAGCUUUCCAAGAAGAACCGCGGCAGCUCCCAGGAACCAGCAUUGCACAGAGACAAUGAAGCCGACGACGAGGAUGUUCUGGGCUUGCUUGGGAAGCCUGUCUCAGAGCUGACAAAAACUCCCAAAAUCGCAGAUUCGUCUCCAGCGUCCGCCAAGCAAACGUCAAGCCACCCUCAGGAUCAGGCUAUGGCUGAGCUCCUAGACAUGGGCUUUCCCCCGGAAAAGGCACGGGAGGCCUUGGAAAGUACCGAAUCAGGAACAGACGUCCAGCAAGCAGUCGGUUGGCUUCUCAGUAAAGCUCAUUCGGAGUCCAAACAGAAUACUGGACGGCGACGAAGAAGCAAUGAAGGUCCUCGUCAAAGCAGAGACCCUAGAAUCGAUAGAAGGAGUGGUUCGAGGCCUGACACCAGACCAUCUGAGCCAUCUGAGCCGGCUUGGUCAAAUGAUAGGCGUCAGGAAAGACACAGACCUCAGCCAUCUACAACAGCCUCAGAGCAACCGGGGAAGGAUUUCGCACCGAACGCUUCUGAGCUUGGAAGCGCCUUUCUGAAGACGGCUGGCUCUUUUUGGAAGACUUCAACCAAGAAAGUGCAGCAAGCUGUGCAAGAUUUCAACAAUUCGGAUAGUGACUCAAGCCAGCCUAAGUGGAUGAGGGACCCGGGAGCUGCCAGGAAUGGUCAGGGCUCCGACCAAGGUGAUGAAGAGAGAGUCACUACACGAUCGCGACGCCGGAAUUCCACGAACAGAAAGCUGGAUUCCGUGACCGACGAAGCCUUGAUGCUCGAAUCUGAUCGAGCCCGGCCACUCCCUCGAAAGCCAGCCAGACGUCAAGAACCAGCUUUUGAUUCCAGUGCAGAUAAUUCAAGAGAUCAUUCUCCUGCGAUACCAUCAAGAUUAAGACCAGAACUUCCUGCUCAGCCAGCUUUUCUCCGUCAACAGCAACAAAAACAACAACAACAUCCCAAGGCGCAAGCAAGAUUGCACCCUAAGGCAUCGCUGAACCGUCAGGCCAUUGACGAUCAAGCAUCUCAAGCGUACGUUAGCUCAGCGCGCCGACGAAAACCCGCUCUGAACUCGCUCGUUUCUGCUUCUGAGCCUGAUCUUCUGGAGAGUGCAUCGUUACCCAAACAUUCAUCGACAUCUCGACCAGCCACCACUCAACCUAUUGAACUAAAUAGACCGUCUGGGUCUCUUCCUCCCAUCGUCGUUCGUGCACCAGCUCCCUCUCGCACCAUACCUCCAAUAUCCUCGAUCUCUCUUCAAGCAUCUCAUGCAGACCGGGAGGCUGGCAAUGCGCACUUCAAACGAGGUGACUAUCCUGCCGCGCACCAGUCUUACACUUCUUCGCUUAAACACUUACCUAGCGCUCACCCAAUAGCCAUCAUCCUUCAUACUAACCGCGCGCUCACUGCUCUCAAAAUCGGGGAGCCCAAGACUGCCGUUGCGGACUCGGAAGCAGCAAUCGCGGUGAUUGGGCCUUCACGAGGCGAAGCCGAAGCGAUUGAACUGAUAACUGGCGAGCCUGCCAAGCCUAUGCGGGACUACUUUGGCAAAGCACUGAUGCGGAAAGCGGAAGCGCUGGAACAGAUGGAGAAGUGGAAAGAGGCGGCGCUUGUGUGGAAAGAGGCUGUAGAGGGUGGCCAUGGCGGCGCAACCAGCAUCCAAGGUAGACUUCGUUGUGAAAAAAGUGCAGCCCCUCAACAACCGCAGCGAGGAAAGCAUUCUUCUGCCGCCAAGAAGCCUCUCACCUCAGCACCGGCCAGAACCUCUUUUUCCGUCCUGAAUGGCACCACCCACAGUAAACCUGCCGCAGCUGCUGUUGCCAGGCUGCGUGCCGCCAAUGCCGACGCAGAGAGAGCAGAUGACGAAAAGUUUGCUCUGGCGGACACAGUUGAUGCCAAGCUCGCGGCGUGGAAAGGAAGCAAGGCCGACAACUUGCGCGCCUUACUCGGGAGUCUGGACACAGUGCUGUGGCCUGAGGCAGGCUGGAAGAAGAUCGGGAUGGCAGAGUUGGUGUUGCCAGCAAAGGUAAAGGUACAAUAUAUGAAGGGGAUUGCCAAGGUGCAUCCUGAUAAGAUUCCCACCAAUGCGACCACGGAACAGAGGAUGAUUGCUGGGGCGGUGUUUAGCACACUGAAUGAAGCCUGGGACAAAUUCAAGGUUGAACAUGGGUUGUGA